UCGUUACCCGUGCGGGCUUUCCGCCGCAAGAGGACAGCAGCAGGCAAGCGCCGCAAUCGCGAAAUAGUUCCAAUUUCCAAUCCAGCGUAUACACUGCACACUACUUGCAAUGUAAGUAUACACGCAGCCAACGGGGAGCUGAGACCCGAGACAGUCCCGAGGGCCGAGAGGUGAGAGCCAAGCCAAGCAGUGCUGCGGCGGACAGGUUCAUCGCUGUGGGUGUGCGCGCGCGUCGCCUGAGAAUGUUGUCGCUUUGACGUAUGCGGAUCAUGAGUAGAUUUAAGUCGACUGACAUUAAACCACGUAACCAGUCGACUUCCGCGCACUAUUCUUUGUUUCAUGGUAUAUAGUUGAAAUCCAAGCGGAACCAUGGGUGACGGCGGCGAGGAAUUCGAUCCAUGCGCCUGCAUGUGGAACCACGAUUUGGCAAUGCGGCGACUUUUAUCCAUUCUUCGACAAUCGCAAUCCUACUGUACAGAUAACGAGUGUCUUACGCUAUCCAGACUGCCUGGUCCAGGAAAUACACCGAAUGAGGUAAACGACUUCCGAAUGAUGAUUUUCUUGUUUGCAAUUGUUGGCAUGUUGCUGUACGCUCUGAGACCUAAUUCACUUCGGCAAUCUGAGAACGGCUCGAAGACUAGGGAUAGUGGCCCAGGUUCUGAUGGCGAGCCACCUCUGCCUCCUCCAGCCGUUAAUUAAAAAUUCAUGGAAGACAUAGCUUGUGGCUGGCUCUGUCAAGCUAUAACAUUUUUUAAAAACCCUUAUAGAAGAAAUAUAACUUCGCCAAGUUUUUGGAAUUCUGCAUUUGAAAUGCUUUCAAGUGCAUUAUUGUAACAGACAGGGGCCAAAAUAUUUUAUUUUAGUAGAAUCUCAUGUAUAAAACGAGUGGAUUUGUGGUAGAAAAAAACUAAUGUUGCAAUUAAUUAUUUAAUUAGAUAAAAAAAAAAUUGCAACCAUUAUACCUUAAAACUUUAUUAUCUACUGUUUGUACAACAUUCUAUUUGUAUAGCGAAAUAUGAAUUAAAGUAGAGGGAUGAUUAUAAAUUAAGGAAGGAAUUUGACUGUUUGAAAGCAAUUGUGAUUGCAAGCUAAGGAAGUAUUAAAAUAUCAAUAAGAUCUGCAUUUGUAUGUGAAAUCGUGUUUCUAGUGAAAAUCAUUGAUAUUACGAAAUGAAUUUGUUUUUGAAAAUAUUUAUGUUUGUACAUACAAAAAUGAAUUAAAAUAUAAAUUAAUGAAACGAUC